AUGCUCCUCAGAAGCUCUCUCGCUCGCAUUGCUGUCCAGCCGACGCUGGGCGCGGCCCCGGCUGGUGCGCGUAACAUGGCCACCCUCCGUGAAAUUGAGUUACGGCUCAAGUCCGUCAGAAACAUCGAGAAAAUCACCAAGUCAAUGAAAAUGAUUGCCUCGACGAAGCUUGCGAAGGCACAGAGGGCUAUGCAGGCUGGCAAGGAGUAUGGACUUGCUAAUUCAGAGGUUUUCAAGGUCGCGACCGACGACAAGUCUUCAGCACGAAGACUAUUCAUUGUUGUCUCCUCCGACAAGGGUCUCUGCGGUGGUAUCCAUUCUUCCGUCUCGAAAGCGACGCGCCGUGCUAUCAGCAAUGCCACCGACUCUCCUUUUGCUACUGCCGAAGGUUCCUCCGUUACCAUUGAGGGUGACUCCCCGGUCAUGGUUAUUGGCGACAAGUCGAAGAUGCAACUUAUUCGUGCUCUGCCUCAGAACCUCGUCCUGACCUUCAACCAAAUCGGUCGCGAUAUCCCCACCUUUGCCGAUGCCGCGGGUGUUGCAGAUCUCAUAAUCAAAAGUGGCGUGAAAUACGACUCCGUCGUUCUUGUUUACAACAAAUUCGUGUCUGCACUUUCGUACGAAGCCGCCAUUAUGGAAGUUAAGGGCGCCGAAGCCCUUAAAGAGAGUGAUGGAUUCAAGGCUUACGAGAUGGAAGACGACUUCACCGGUGACCUCGCUGAAUUCUCAUUAGCCAACGCCGUCUACGCCGCACUCACGGAAGGUCAUGCCUGCGAACAAAGUGCUCGUCGUAAUGCCAUGGACAGUGCCUCGAAGAACGCCUCAGAUAUGAUCGGCAGUCUUCAAAUGCAGUACAAUCGGGGACGACAAGCUGCUAUCACAAACGAACUUGUCGACAUUAUCACUGGUGCGAGUGCUCUUUGA